UGGCGCUGUUGGUUAAAAAAAAAUCCUCCCACUUCGCUGUUCCCUCACGUCGCCUGACUACACUUGGAAAAGAAAACUGAGCUUAGAAUAGAAACAUAUUAACAGGUGCCUGCAGACUACCUAGCUUCAGGCAGACAUCUUCUCCGAGGCUGUCGGUUUGCAGGUUACACGAUGGAUUACGACCAAAGAUACAAAAGGAACCAGGUUAACCCCGAGGGAAACCAAAACACCAGACACCCGAGACAGAGCGCAUCAGAUGUGUGUGGACAGGAUCAAACACUUCCAAAUCCAAAUGUUCACGGAAAUCCACAAGUAGCAACUGGACAGCCACGGUACUCAGAUGGAUACACCAUUGUCCCACCAAAUGAAUCUAAGCGAAACAAGAUGAAAACAAUUGCUCAAAAAGAAGAAGAGGCUCUUAACAGAUGGAAAGAAACACAGAGAGUCCCCUCUGUACGUGUGAAUCCAGAGAGGCUUGGUGGUGAUGUCACACUGGUUGAAGUCAGGCAAAAACAGCAAAUAAAUCAUCAAUCCAUGAAACUGCAGAAGAAAAUAAAAAAGGCUGAGGAUGACAAGAGGAGGAAACAGGAAGAGGAGGAGAAGUGGCAGAAGAUGAAAGCAAUACAGAGGGAGAAGGCUGAGCGUCUACUGGAGAAGGAGCGGCAGGAGGAUCAGAGGAGAAGGGAGGAGUUUGAGCAGGACCGCCUCAGAACACAGGAGAGGUUUCUUCAGAAUUUCGAGAGGAAAGCUUCAUCAGCGUCCACCACUGCUAUAUGCACGUCAUCCAGGCAGAACAACAUAGUGGGAGUUGAGAAAUUAUCCUCACCUCAAAGAGGCACCAUGAGGACAGCAGGAGGUGAUGUCAGUGGGAGAGAGAGCACAGAUGUGGAGAGUAAACAAACAAAGGAAUCAAAAAAUCUGAGAGAAGUGCAGCUGGAACACAAGAGGGUGAACGCAGCCUUUUUGGACAAGCUUGAAGGUCAAGCCAGAGGGAGCGAGAGAGAGCCAAAAUUCGAAAGUACUCAGGAGGCAGAAAGUCAAGCCUCGUUGUCACACCUGAAACCAGAUCCAGAACAGAGCUGCUCCGGCUGGACAGAAGAAGCUGACCCACGGGCUGCGUAUGACCAGGCCCUGAUGAAGCUCAUCAAGAGCUUUCCAAACUGUGACAGAGACUUCCUAGAGGACAUCCUUACCCAGUGUAACAGGGAUUACGAGGAGGCGUCCACACUACUUAUCAGCACACUGAGUUGAACUUCAUGUAUUAUAAAUUCUUUCCCCCAUAAACACAACAAUUUACAACAGUUCCUACAGGCAUCUAGAGGGGAAAGAGUUAAUGAAGGAGCUGUUUGUCCUUAAUUUUCUGUUUGAAACUUUAGGCCAUGGGCCAAAUAAGCAUAUUUACUCAGGGUGAAGAUGGUAGAGAAUUGGCAAAGACAAAGUUUAUCUACUUUGAUGGUGGAUCAGUAUACAAAGCAGUAGGGACUACAAUGCAUUAGACUCCUCUGAAAACAUACCUACAUAAUAUGUGCUCUAUGGGAUCUGUUUUUGAUUAUGCUAUUAAUCACUGAGUGUUUGGUGUUGUGUAUCUGUCUGCAUUCAGUAGUGAGUCAUGUUGUGGUUUUGUCUUGACAUCGAGUAGAAUUGAUGCUCGUUUUUACCAGUUUGGUUAAAGGUCUUCGCAAUGACUCAAAAUCUUCAGCUCAUAUUUGGAGCUCUUGAUUAAAUCAGUGUGUGCAAAUGGAAGAAAGCACUAGCAACAUGCAUGAUGCUUUUUGUUCUGUUUUAUAAUCAAAGUUGUGUGCGAUGUAUCUAUAGUAGGAAAAUAAUAUCUAAGUAUGUCAUUUUUGACUUUAGAAAAUUGUUCUACCACAUUGUGCCAAUCGGGACAGAAACCUACAAAAAUGACAUUUUUCCAAAGAAGUCCAAUUAUCCUUUUUUGAAGCCGAGGUGUUUUUGUAGAAAGCCUUUGUUAUUAGUUUCAGUUCAAAGUCAAAGUUGUUUUAAGGGGGCUGCAGGGAAACACUGUUUGGUUGAAUGUUCAUCAAUGUUUACAUUCAUGUGUUGUAGCCAUUUCAUCCCUUUGGUUCUCAUCAGUGUGUUACACAGUGGGCAGUGAGCUGCUGCUGGGGCAGUAAAAUUUAACCUCAUAACAUCAAUGAACUGAACAGCACAGGUGGUUAUAACCUGAUGGCGGCAACAAAAGAACAAAGGGCAUUGCUCUCAACACGAGGGGCUGAAAAUCCCCUUUUACUAAAGCAUGAAGUCAUGAAGAGUGCUACAGUGUUGAUGUCAUCAGGAAAUGUCUUCCCUUUGGAGAACACCAAGAAAUCACAUAUUACUGCAGCAGUUUUACACUUAGUCAUGAAGGUAGAAAGAUGUUGGUGAUGCAUUUAAAUUUCAGUGAAAAAUAUUUACUGUUUGGUAUACCCCUAAAUAAACUCAUCUAUUUAAAUCAAA